AUGGGAAACCGUCAUGGCCCAUCCUACUCUCUCUCAGAAGGCAGUGAACAGCUGCCCAAAAGGGACAACCGGCUCUCAACAAUGCAACCUCUCAGCCACCCAUCAGGGAGUGGAGAGCCAGAGGCCCAGCAGCCUGCCAAAGCAAGAAGUCAUCAGGGCUUUAACGCAGACCGAGAUGCCAAAAGGCUGAACAAAGCCUGCAAAGGAAUAGGGACCGACGAGUCGGCCAUCAUUGAAAUCUUAUCGAGCAGGACUUCGGAUGAGCGGCAACAAAUAAAGCACAAGUACAAGGCGACGUAUGGCAAGGACUUGGAGGAGGUGCUCAAGAGUGAGCUGAGUGGAAACUUUGAGAAGACAGCCUUGGCCCUUCUGGACCGCCCCAGUGAGUACGCCGCCCGGCAGCUACAAAAGGCCAUGAAGGGUUUGGGCACGGAUGAGGCGGUGCUCAUUGAAGUCCUGUGCACAAGGUCCAAUAAGGAAAUUACCGCCAUUAAAGAGGCCUACCAAAGGCUAUUUGACAGAAACCUUGAGUCAGAUAUCAAAGGCGAUACAAGUGGGAACCUAAAAAAAAUUCUGGUGGCCCUGUUACAGGCCAGCCGUGAUGAAGGAGAUGCCAUUGACAAAGAUCUAGCUGGCCAGGAUGCCAAAGAUCUGUAUGAGGCAGGGGAAGGCCGAUGGGGCACUGAUGAGCUUGCCUUCAAUGAAGUCCUGGCCAAGAGGAGCCUCAAGCAGUUACAAGCCACCUUUCAAGCCUAUCAAGUGCUUAUCGGCAAAGACAUCGAAGAGGCCAUCGAAGAAGAAACCUCAGGGGAUCUGAAGAAAGCCUACCUAACUCUCGUGAAGUGUGCCCGAGACCGCGAGGGCUACUUUGCUGAGUGUCUCUACAAGUCCAUGAAGGGCGCAGGCACCGAUGAGGAGACAUUAAUCCGUGUCAUUGUGACCAGGGCUGAGGUUGACCUUCAAAGGAUAAAAGCAAAGUUCCAAGAGAAGUACCAGAAGUCUCUGUCUGACAUGGUUCGCUCUGACACUUCUGGAGACUUCCAGAAACUUCUGGUGGCCCUUUUGCACUGA